AUCCGGUGGCGUUAGGUCUCUCGUCGUAGUCAGUAAAGUGUCGUACACGAGGCGAGCAGAAAACGUGUGCUAGCGGAACAUGAUAUGUUAAUUAAAAAUAAAAAAAUUGCCGAAAAUAGUCCAAAGAAAAUGUGAAAAAAAUUAUUUAAAAAAAAAUUAAAGCAAAAAUAUUAAAGAAACGCAUAACUCAAAGUGGUGGAAUUUGUCUCAGAGACAUAAACAAAGAGUGGCCACAAAGUGUACGCUGACAGUUGCUUGGCAGCAAGUUCCAAAAAAACCGUUACUUUCAAAAAAGUUUUUCAAAAGCGCUGAAGUGGAAUAUUUAUGCUUAAAAUCUAAAAGUUACAAAAAAUCUUGCGCCUACAAAAAACAACAAAGUGCAGUCCUUAUUAUCUGCUAGUGUGUACUGACAGUGCUUGUGUAAUUACUGUUAACUGCAACAAUUCACGCUUAAGCAACAUCCGUGAAAAUAUUCACAACAAAUCCGGCAUUAAAUCUAAAAAAAACUUCUUAGAAGUAUCCUACGCACGUUAAGCGCCAAUUAAUCUCGCCACUUCGCAUUGCCAACGCUUGAGCCGUUGUUUUUGAUUUUCAUUUAACGGUAUUUCCUAUAGUCCAAAGCCGGCGUUCAGCGCAUAAAAAAUAUCCAAAAUUCCGAAGAAUCCGAGAAAAACACCAAAGCAGUCGACACGUACAGCGUCGUCAACCGGUACCGGUGGCAGCAGUGGUGGUGGCACCACUAAAAUGGCAUCGAAACGCAAAGCAUCGGUGCUGCUGCAUAAGGAGACCAUCCCAGCUGCAGUUGCGACCACAACCACCACGGACGCGACCGGCAAUGGCGGCGCCACUAGCACCGGCGGUGUUGUGGGCAUUAGCGCCGCAGCAGGUUCGGUGGCUGGGAGCGUUGGCGGUGACAAUAACACCGAAACGGAUCCCUAUGCCGGCUUAAUGAAGGAUGCCGACAAAUUGAAACUGAUGUUGUUGGCUUGGAAUUAUCAAAACUCGAAUGCGGUACGCAAUGGCACUGAGGGACCCGAUUUGGGUGUGGUCGGCGGUUUGUGGGCACAAUACCAGAAUGCGUUGGCACAGAAUGCGGCAAACAACAAAAUGGACAUAUCCUUGUCGCCAGUGCCGCGCACAGAUGUGACAUCGCCCAUGGAGGCGCAGGAUGAGACAAACUCAUCAGGGCAGAAGGAAGAGGAUGAAGGCUCCGAGGAUGAUUCGGAUGAUAAACUAGACGAGAAGUUGGCCACACACGACCCCGAACGGCUGAAGGCAUUCAAUAUGUUCGUGCGUUUGUUUGUGGAUGAAAAUCUUGAUCGCAUUGUGCCAAUUUCAAAGCAGCCAAAAGAGAAAAUACAAGCAAUCAUCGAUUCAUGCGCCAGACAAUUUCCCGAAUUUAGCGAUCGCUCACGUAAACGUAUACGAACGUAUCUAAAGUCGUGCCGACGCAAUAAGAAAACACGCGAAGGCUGGGAUAACACCACCCGUCCGACACCAGCCCAUUUGACGUCCGUGCAGGCGGAACAGAUACUGGCGAUCGCCUGCGAGAAUGAGUCCAUGAAUGCCAAACGCAUGCGUAUCGGCCUAGAACCCAUCACACAUGCCAUACCGGCGCCUGGUUCAGCCGUCGCCGCAGCUGCAGCAGCAGCGGCAGCAGCUGCCGCGGCCGCAGUGGCCGCCACCAGUUCCGCCGCAUCCGUAGGCGGCGUUGGCAAUUCCACCAUCACAUCGGUUUCGGCUGGCGAUGCACUCUCCACCGUCACAACGUCUACGCUGCCGUUUGUUGGCGGCGGUGGUGGUGGCUUCGCACGUUCCACACCCAAUUCCGAUGCCACCGAACCGCUUUCGUUGACACCAGCCGCUGCAGUGGCUGCUGCUGCAGCUGCAGCUGUGGCUGCUUCGACGGCUGGCGUAGGUGGUGGCAGUGGUGGUAUCAACUCAGCGCGCAGCUCACCGCUGGCAUUGAGUUCAAACACAAGCGUGAGUGGUAGCACUAGUGGGCUGGACAUAAAGCCACUGACAGCUGUACUAUCGAAUGGCAAUACGCCAACCAAUGGUACGGUAGGUGGACUGGCUGGAUUACCUGCCACAAGUCCACUUUAUCGGCCAUCGGAUUUCACUUCACCAUCAGCGGCAUCGCCAUUCGUAGCUGCUGCCGCUGCGGCAGUGGCUGCCGGUCGCACACCAACCUAUCCCGGCUACUUUCCCGGCGUAGCAGGGCUUGGCAAUGUCGCUCCUACGGAUCUCUCCAUGAAACCAUCGUCCACCAGCACGUGUGUUACACUCACUACCGCUCCAACCACCGUCAAUACGAACAAUAACAUCGGCGUGAUGGGUGUUGGCGCACCGAAUCUCACAAGUCUGGUCGCCACUGGCGGUCUCUCCAUCAAUAAUAAUAAUGCGCUCGUCACCGCCACACAGCAGCUACAACAGCUGCAACAACAGCAACAGCAACAGCAGCAGCAACAACAGCAGCAACAACAGCAGCAGCAGCAACAGCAAGCGAUCAUGGCGACCGGCAUGAAUGCCAAUCAAAUGGUUGGUGGCUCAUUGAAUGAUCCAAAUGUUGUGGCAGCUGCUGCAGUACGCCCACCGCCAUUGUUGGCACACAAACUGAGUCCCAACGAAAUAACGGCAGCGCGUCAAGUGAUCUCGGCGUAUCGGGAGAGCGCAGCUUUCCUGCUACGCACUGCCGAUCAGGUGGAACAGCUGCUUGUGCAACAACAGUAAAUGGCACAAUGGGUGGAUUUUAUUGUGUGGUGAAUAUGUAUGGUGCGGUUAUUUAGUGCGGAAAGUUCAAUUUGUAGCGUUUUUAGUUUUUUUAAUUCUUAAUUUUAUGCCGUUUGAGUUUUAGUAAACGAAAUAGCGUGUAAUUUUUAUUCAGCAAAAACGAAUUCAUUUAUUGUGUGGCAUGAAUUUUUGUGGACAGCAUUUUCUAUAGCAAACAUAAACUCACCAUAGACCCACACUUAAGUGUGCGGGUUGUUCCUAUUUUAACAGUAAAUAAAAAACACUUAUAAUAGCAGUAACCAGAAACGCAAAAAUAGUCAAGUCAACAAGAAACCAAUGAAAUAUAAAACAAAAUAGCCAAAGCCAAAUGUUUAAAUGCAAAACUAUGUAAUAAAUAGAUGUUCUACUUGCAUUAAUUUUCUUGAACUACAAUAGCAGCCAACAGUAUAUAAUGCUGGAUCUGUGUGACUAAACGGGAAUCUUACGAGGUGAUUAGUAGUUUAAUUUAGCACAAAACGGAGAGUAGUCCUCUGAGAUUUUACAAUGAACUCUACGAGUUAAAUCAAGACCCUUCAACUUUUGAGCAUUCUUAAACAAUUUUAAUAAUAAUUAGGCUGCGGUUAUAGUGGGCCGUAGAAUAAAGCAUUUAAGCAAGCAAAGAUCAAAAGAACACAUACAAUUGUUAAAGCACAUUAAAUUGUUAAAGAAUAUUAAUACAACUGAGACGAAUUUCGUGACUCUAACCGAUUCUUAUAGCUUUCAAUCAGCUCAAUCGACAGAUUACAAUCCAUAUUUGAUUCAAAAAGUUAUCAACUUUGCAAUUUAUUAGGCUGGUGGAGAAUUACAAGCAUUUCAGUAGCGAAUUUUAUGAAAAAAAAAUUAACUGUCUAUGGAAACAUAUUUUUAGUUUCUUUAAUCAGACUUAAACUGAAAUUAACUGUACAUUUUCUAAAUUCAAUAUUAAUUAUAUACUAUAGAUCCACGUUUAGUCACAUCAAUCUGGCUCAAAGCAUAAAUAGAGAAUACGUAUUUACAUUUAAUGUGUAAAUCUCACCCUUGAAAUCCAAUACCAAAUAAUAAUAAUAAUAAAAACAGCAAUAGAAAAAAGUGGAACGCAAUCGCAAAUAGUCAAAUACAAGAAUCGAAAGUGAAAAAAUUUCACUUUAAUGAGCAUAAGUUUAUUGAAUUUUCUCUCAAUGUAAAUGUAUAUGCCAAAAAAUGCUUUCUAUUCAAUUUAAAUUUUGUAUGUUCUUGUGUUAAAUUAAUUUUUGAAGAAA